UGUGUGGAAUCAUUCAAACAUGGCAGGCUAUGCAAAUUAUUAUUUUACCUUUCUACGAUAUUACCACUUUCACUAAUUUAAAAUUAAUUGUAGCUGUUUUCUUGGAUUCAGUCAACGAUUAGAAUUAGAAGAAAUGUUGCAAAAAGUAGGGAUUAAAAAGGGUUUUAGUUGGGGGGUCAGUGUUCUUAGUUGUAUAUAUGCAAAUGAAAAGUCAAAUUCAUGUUUCUAAUGAUAUAGAUGCUUCCAAAACCGAGCAAGACUUUGUCUAGGUCAUAGUUUCUGUAAUAUUGUGUAGAAUUAAUAUUGUUACUUUUUUUUUUAAUAUUUUUUUAUCCCAAGUUUUCAUGACCUCUUGGUUCCAGCUGAAAUCUCUCUGGAGAUUUUGUUGCCCAUUAUUGGUAAUCUGAAAAAAUCAAGUGUGGAGUUUUGAACUCUGGCUGUUUGAAUAAUGGGUCAGAAGACUUUGGUGUUUUUGCUUCUUGUAUUCAUGCCAAUCUUGGCUAUGGCAACGACAUACAAUCCGGACUUUCUUGGUUUAAUGUCUCUCAAGGACGACUGGAAGAACACUCCUCCCAGUUGGACGGCUUUAGAUCCUUGUUCUGAAUGGGAAGGAAUUGAGUGUACCGGUUCUCGUGUCACCUCCAUAAAAUUGUCAAGCAUGGGUUUGGAAGGCACAAUGUCUGGAGAAAUUCAAACGCUAUCUGAAUUACAGAUGUUGGAUUUAUCUUACAACAAGGAUCUCACAGGAGAACUCCCACCAUCAAUUGGGAAUUUAAAGAAGCUUACAAACUUGAUCUUGGUUGGUUGCAGUUUCUCUGGUACAAUUCCUGACACGAUAGGAUCUCUAGAGCAGCUAGUCUUUCUAUCUCUGAAUUCUAAUAAAUUCAGUGGGAGGAUUCCACCUUCAAUUGGAAAUCUGUCUAAACUUUAUUGGCUAGAUAUGGCUGACAAUAACCUUGAAGGACCAAUCCCAGUCUCCAAUGGGAGUACAUCUGGUCUUGAUAUGCUGCUUCAUACUAAGCACUUCCAUUUUGGAAAGAAUAAACUCUCAGGCGAAAUUCCAGAGAAGCUUUUCAGCUCAAGCAUGAAAUUGAUACAUGUACUUUUCGAGAGCAAUGAACUUACUGGCAAAAUCCCUUCCACCCUUGGACUUGUUCAGACUCUGGAGGUGGUGCGCUUUGACAGAAACAACUUAGUGGGAAAAGUUCCUUCAAACCUCAAUAAUCUUACAAGCGUUAAUGAGCUGUAUUUGUCCAACAAUAAACUGAGUGGCCCACUGCCUAGCAUGACUGGCAUGAACAGCCUGGCCUACCUGGAUAUGAGCAAUAAUAGUUUUGAUGUCUCGAAGAUUCCUACAUGGUUUUCAACCUUAACGUCUUUAACAACUUUAAUGAUGGAGAGCACAGGACUUGGAGGAGAACUACCGGUUGACCUAUUCAGCCUUCCCAGUUUGCAGACUGUAGUACUAAAGAACAACCAGGUCAAUGGUACAUUGGAUAUUGGCACCACCUAUAGCAACCAUCUGCAGCUCAUUGAUUUGCAGUACAAUUCGAUUACCGAGUACAAGAAAGGGUUAUACAAUGAUACAUUAAUACUUGCAAAUAACCCAGUAUGUCUAGAAACAGACACAGGAACGGAGAGUUACUGCAAGGUUUCGACAGAUUCACAAUCUGAUGGUACUAGCACAUACACCACACUUCCCAAUAACUGCGUGCCCAGUACAUGCAGUCCAAAUCAGAUUUCGAGCCCCAACUGUAGAUGUGCGUAUCCAUACACAGGAAUUCUAGAAUUCAGAGCUCCUUCCUUCUCAGACUUGGGAAACAAAAGUAUCUACAAGGAGCUUGAGAACAAGCUCUUAACUUCUUUUCAGUCACAUCAACUGUUGGUGGAUUCAGUGGCUCUGAGUAAUCCCAAGAAGGGUUCAAUUUACCUUGAUUUAAACCUAGAAGUAUUCCCAUAUAGCCGGAACCGUUUCAAUCGAACAGAAAUUUCUGAAAUUGGUUUUCUGCUCAGCAACCAAACUUUCAAGCCUCCCAAAUCUUUUGGACCUUUUGUUUUCCAUGGUGAUGAGUAUGAAAACUAUCAAGUAAUUUCUACAGAACCAAAGAAAUCUAAGUCAAGUAUUGGCAUCAUCAUUGGAGCAGCAGCUGGUGGUUCUGUCCUUGUAUUGUUGUUACUUCUUGCCGGGGUGUAUGCUUUCCGCCAAAAGAGGAGAGCUGAAAGAUCCUCUGAAAUCAGCAAUCCCUUUGUGCACUGGGACUCGAACAAAAUCAGUGGAGACGCUCCUCAGUUAAAAGGGGCAAGAUGGUUCUCUUACGAAGAACUUGCGAGAUACACCAAUAACUUUUCAGCAGCAAAUGAGAUUGGAUCUGGAGGUUAUGGGAAGGUUUAUCGUGGAAAUCUUCCUACUGGGGAACUGAUUGCCAUUAAAAAAGCUGAAAAAGAAUCAAAGCAGGGUGGACUUGAGUUCAAAACCGAGAUUGAACUCCUUUCAAGGGUCCAUCACAAGAAUCUUGUCAGCCUUGUGGGAUUUUGUUUCGAGAGAGGUGAACAACUGCUGAUAUAUGAGUAUGUACCAAAUGGUACUCUGAAGGAUAGCUUGUCAGGUAAGUCAGGAAUCAGGUUGGAUUGGAUGAGAAGACUUAAAGUAUCUCUUGGUACAGCAAAAGGCCUUGCCUAUCUUCAUGAACUUGCCAACCCUCCGAUAAUACACAGAGACAUAAAGUCAACCAAUGUACUUUUGGAUGAUCAUCUAAAUGCAAAAGUUGCUGAUUUUGGUCUCUCCAAGCUAAUAGGUGAAGAUGACAAGGAUCACAUCACCACUCAAGUUAAAGGGACAAUGGGUUACUUGGAUCCUGAAUAUUACAUGUCCCAGCAAUUGACUGAGAAAAGUGAUGUUUAUAGUUUUGGAGUGUUAAUGCUUGAGCUGAUUACUGCAAGAAGACCCAUAGAGAAAGGAAAAUAUAUAGUUAGAGAGGUACAGAAAACACUAGUUAAGAAUCAAGAUUUAUACAACCUCCAGGGACUUCUUGACCCAUCCAUCGGUUUGGCAACAAAGCUGAGAGGUUUUGAAAAGUAUGUGGAUCUGGCAUUGAGGUGUGUUGAAGAAGCCGGAUCCGAUAGGCCUACAAUGAGUGAGGUUGUGAAAGAGAUUGAGAACAUCAUGGAGCUUGCUGGUCUGAACCCUAAUGCUGAGUCAGCAUCCACUUCUGCAAGCUAUGAGGACGUUAGCAAGCCAACAUCCUACCCCUAUCCUCCCAACAAGGAAACAUUCGAUUACAGUGGAGCUUUUCCACCUUCAAAGAUUGAGCCUCAGUGAGCAUUGUUUUGCACUUGGAAUAUUCAGCUUGGUAGUGGAUGGCUUAUUCGUUGACUACAGCUAUUUUCGAUAGAAUGUUCAAAUUUGUGACCAUUAAGACAAAUCGUCAUUUUGAAAUGUAAAAAGAAAAUUAGAGUAAUAGUACAUAGUAAAACAUUAUUAAAAAGUUUGUUAUUUUGUGAAGUGAGAAGAACCAAACAGUAAAAAAAAAAAAAAAAAAAUCAUGGCAGUUUUCAUGUUCAAGAACUUGUAUAGGAUUUGUAUACUCUUAAUUGCUGAAUUUUUAUUUUUAUUUUUGGUCUAAUUAUCCUACUUAUUCUUUUGGUUGAUAUAAUGCAAAUAAGAGAAAGCUACUUACUAUCUUUA